AUGUCCAAAGUUACUAUGGGAACAACAACAGCCCCUUCCAAAUCCAAUUUUAAAAAAGUGCGGACUAGAAUGCUGGAAGAAAAUCAGUACAAUAGGAUCAAGAAUACUCUGUUCUGUCAACCUGAAGAAGCAGAUGAUGUCAAUUUUUACCUUAACUUUCAUCCAUCAGGUCAUAUUGGAUAUGAAGGUUACGAUUUUGGAUUUGAUAUUCCUCAAUGGAUGCCAAUGACUUUUAGACCCACCCUACAGGUGAAUCUUAAUUCAAUAUGCGUUUACCUUGCCGCAUACAUCUUUAUUCGUGAUGAUGAGAAAAUAUAUGGUAAUCAGGUUCUAGUCAAAACUACAUCAAAUGUAUUUGGGGACAGUACAACACUUAAGUCUCUGAUGCCUUAUUGUCCUAUUGACCAAGAGCAAUAUCUGAUGGACGGACAAUAUUCAGCUGACUAUGUGAGGGAAAUUUAUCAAGUCAACUUCAUGACAACAAAAUCGUUUGUUUCUAAGAUUUUUAUUCCUAUGAAUGACCAAGGAAAUCACUGGUAUCUGCUUGUUGUUGAUUUUAUUGAAAGAAAAUUGAUUUGGUUGGACCCCUUGCCUGAUGUCGAUAGACAUCAUAUGAGACGCCAUCAGAUUUUAAAAAUGACAUUAUUUCUUGAAGAAAUUAUGCUUCACGAUUUUUUCGGUGAACUCUGUCCAUAUUACCUUGACAAUCUAGUCACAAACUUCUGGAUUGUUCAACCAAGGUUCCUCUCAAAGCAACGAACUGAAUCAUAA